AUGAACAGCCCUCAAAGAGAGGAAGAUCUAACAGCCCCAGCUACAAAAGGGGACAUCAAAGCUCUAUUAACAAACAUAAGAACCUUCUUCAAUGCAGACUUGAAUAUCAUACGUGAGGAUAUAACAGUGGUGACAGCAAGACUGCAGGCUAACGAGGAUGCCAUCACCUCCCUAGCCCAAAAGCAAGAAAGCACCAACGAGCACUUGCUACAGCUCCAAGCAUCACAUAAAAGCAUGCAG